AUGAGCACCAACACAGGCUCGAUCGGAGCGGCGCCACCACCGCCCGGGGAGACGCCCAAUUUUGACAAUCCGCGUGACGCUGGACAUAUGCUCCACAUGGUGUACAUGAUUCUCAUUCAGAUUGUGGUAGUGGUUUUCUUCGCGUUGAGGGUCUACGUCAAGCUGUCAGUGAAUGGAAAGUUUCGACUGGAAGAUUGGAGUUGUCUAGUUGGAUGGAUCUUCACCGUGCUAUUGAACUCGACCGUCUUAAUCAAGCUCCAUUUCGGCGAAGGAUUCCACAUUUGGGAAAUCACUGCUGGCAACUUCACCGAGCUCCAGAAGUGGCUGUACAUCAGCUCCCUCCUGUAUUCGCCGGCAGCCUUUUUCACCAAAACAGCUCUUCUUCUUCUCACCGUUCGCGUUUUCUCCGUCGACAGGAACGUAGCUCGGACGCUUCACGCUCUUUUGGCAUUCUUUCUUCUGUGCUAUAUACCGGCACAAGUCGCAAAGACUCUCGUUUGCAUCCCAGUCCAGGCAUUUUGGGACACGAACGUUGUCAACUUCAAGUGCAUCGACCAGACCAAGCUUUUCUUGUACGACGGCUCCAUCUCGAUCGUGUCAGAUCUGGUGAUUCUCGUUGUUCCCAUACCUUUGACCUGGGCUCUGCGGGUGUCACUUGCCAGAAAGGUGAAGGUGGUGGCACUUCUAGGCGCGGGUGGUGUAGCAUUUGCGGUGACGGUGUAUCGGGUAUACCUCACCAUCAAGUUUGCGGACACCAAAGACCCAACUGUGGAUUUCAUCCCUCUUGACUGGACUGUGACUGGAGAGCUCGCCAUUGGCAUAGUUUGCGCUUGCUUUCCCUCAAUCAACCACCUGCUCGAGCGGCGCAGCGCGACAAGAGUAUCGUCUAAUUCUUCCACGGCAGGACUCUCUUGGUGGAGGAAGGCAUCGAAAGAUUGUCUAGACUCCCUGUCAUCUUGGGGCAUGAAUCGCCGAUCCAGGCUAGCGGCUGGGAACAGGAUCGGGCUGCAAAACACCACAGCAGAUUCGAAUGCGAGGCUUGCGUCGACCCCUGGAAGUACUCCCGGCACAGAAAGAGAUGAGCCGCAGCAGUCAGACUAUGAUAUUGAACUGGCCGUGAUUUCGAUGCCGCGAAGCGAGCCUCAUCCGGGAGAGUUGGUAACGACGAGGGCGAGCAACCGCAACGACGGCCUGCUGAACCCUCUACCUGUCAUUCGACGCAGCAGUCCUUUCAAAAUCGAAGGCCCGUCUUGA